AUGGCCCAGACCUUCUUCUAUUUGGCCUUAGGUGCUACAGAUUUAGCUCUCCUAGUGGUCAUGUCCUUUGAUCGCUAUGCUGCCAUCUGCCGCCCUUUGCGAUACGCCACCAUCAUGACGCAGAGACUCUGCAUCCAACUAGUGCUUGGCUCAUGGGUGGGAAGUUUUAUGGUCAUGAGUUUCCGGAUGCUCCUGAUUUCAAAGCUGAGAUUCUGUGGGCCAAAUGUGAUCAACCAUUUCUUCUGUGACAACGAACCCGUUUUUCAACUCUCCUGCACUGACACCAGUGGGGUUAGAAGGGUGGAUUCCAUUUUGAUCUCAACCCUAGUCCUGAGCUCACUAUGCCUGACAAUGUUGUCAUAUGUGAGCAUCUUCUUCUCUAUUCUGCGAAUCCCAACGGCCACAGGCAGACAGAAAGCUUUUGCUACCUGUGGCUCCCACCUCACAUCUUUGGCAAUUGGGUAUGCAAGCUGCAUUGUUUUGUAUGUCAGGCCUUCAGGAAGUGCCUCCUUGGAUGCCAACAAAGGGGUGGCUCUGCUGAACACUGUACUCUAUCCUUUCCUCAACCCCUUUAUCUACAGCCUCAGAAACAAGACUGUGAAACUCGCCCUGAGAGAAACCUUUAGGUUGAGCACUGUAAAGUUGUUCCCCAAUCUGUGA